AUGCCUAUUCUUAAAAAAAUAUUUAGUAAUUACAAAAAGGAUGAAAAUAAAAAUGAAAAUAACGAAAAAGGGUAUCUUAAUUCAUAUGAUAAUUCAUAUGCAUUAAAAAUAAAUAAUACAAGAAUUAAAAAUAUUUCCAAAUCUAACUUUAAUUCAUUCUCUAAUUACAAUAAUUUUUCUUCAAGUAAAAUUAAGUUAAAAUUAUGUAAUGAUGAACAUGAAAUUGGAAAUUUUGAAAUGUUAGAAAAUAUUGAAAAAUAUGAUAUCAAUGAAAAAUAUAAUUGUUCUGAAAAUUUCAUGGGUAAUUGUCCUUAUUAUAUAUUUGAAAAUUUAAAAAAUAUAAAAAAAGGUAAACUUGGAAAAAAAAAAUGUUUAAUGGAAAAGAAUGAAUUAAUUAAUUCACAAAAUAAUUUUCAUAAUAAUUAUAAAAAUUGUAAAAUAAAGAAUAAAACUACAAAUGAUUGCAGUAAAAAAGAAAUAAAUUUAAAUCAUUCUUCUUAUAAUUCAUUGAAUUAUUUGAAUUAUUCUAAAUUCAUUGAUAUUUUCAAAAAAAAAAAAAAAAAUUCUCAUAAGUUAAACUUCUCACUGUUUAUUAACGAUAAUGAUGGAAAAAUAAUUGAUAACAAUUUAAUAAAAGAUUUAAGAAAAAAUAAAAUACAUAUAGCUAAGGAAAAAAGAAAAAGUAUAAACGUAAAAAAUAAAUUAAAAGAAGAUAAAGAAAAUUGCAAGAAUUUAAUUUAUCCUCCUUUUGGAAAUAACCUUCAUGAAAUAGACACUGAAAAAAUCGAUGACUCAUUAAAUACUAUAAAUACCUACAGAAGAAAUUAUUUAUAUAGAAUCAAAUAUAUAAAUGAAGAUUAUUCAAAACUUAUUAAAAGAAAGAAAAGAUUUAUAAAAAAUGGCAAUUUCUUGAGGUUUAAAAAAAAGGAAAAAAGAAAUUUCAAAAUGUAUAGAAAAAUAAUACACAAAAAUAAACCAAGUCUUAUUAAAGAAAAAAAAAAAAUAUUUAAUUUAGAAGAUAAAAAUUCUGAAAUAGAAAAUAAUAUUACAGAUAAAAGAGAAGUAGAAGAAAAAGAAAAUGUUUUCCUAAAAUCUAUGAAGGAAGAAAACUUAAAUUUAAAUGAUAUAAAUUGUACUCCUAGAGAAAAUACAAAGGAAAAAGAAAAAUAUGAUUAUAAUAUAUCAAUGAUAAAAUGUAAAAAUAAGGUAGAUUAUUCAUUAUAUUUAAAGAACAAUUCAAUCAUUGAUAAUUAUGAAAUAGAAAAUAAAAAUAAAGAAAUUAAUUAUGAAGAUUGUGGUGAUAAAGAAGAUAAUAAAAAAAUUAAUAUUCAAGUAAACUUAACUAAUGAUAAUUUUAUAUUAUCAUUUAAUUCAAAAAAUUAUGAGGAACCAUUUUUUUUACAUCCUGAUGAAAAGAUAAAAGAAUCAUCUAUUCAUGAAAAUUAUUUAAAUAAAUUAAGUUUUGAAGAUAAAAGUGAAGAUUCAACAAUUAAUAUUAAAAAGUUAAGUGAAAAUAAAAAUGUACAAUCAAAUAAUUAUGAGGAUAUAAAUUCAAAUCUAAAAAAUUUAAAUGAAGAUAAUGCAAAUGAUUCAAUUAUGGAUAAUAAAAAAAAUAAUCAAUUAAACUCAAAUGAAAAGUCUACCAGUGAUUAUAUAAUUGAUUCUUACUUAAAUAAUAAUUCUGAUAAUUUUACAACAGACAAUUAUAAAAUAUUUGAUUUUGACAAUUAUUCUAUUAGCGAAUCUUUUCAAACAUUGAUAAAAAAUUGCGAUAAUAUUCUUAAAAAUAACAUAAGAAAUAAUAUAUCAAUUGAUCUUAGUGAAUGUAAUAAUCAAAUGGAUAGUAAUUGUGAAUUAAAUAUUAGCCACACUUCAAAGGAUAACAACCAUUUAAAUGAAGUAAUUAAUAUAAAGACAAAUGAUAUUUUAAACCAAAAAAAUGAUUUGGAAGAAAUAAAUAAUUUAAAGGAAGAUAGUUUUUCAAAAGAAGAAAGUGAAUUUAUAAAAAAUCAUUGUGUAGUUCAAAGUAAUUCUUCAAAUAAAGAAUAUUGUACAAAUAAAGAGAAUGAUUUCAAAAAGAAAAACUUUCUUGAACAUUUAAAUAAUAAUAUUGAAAAUAUAAAUAAUAUAAGAACAAUUUCUUCAGAAAAAAGAAAUUUUAAUAAUAAACGAGAAGUUUUAGAAUACUCAGAUAAAUUAGAAAAUAAUACUAAUACGUUUUGCAAAGAAAAUAUCUAUUUAUUAAAAUUUAAACAGGAAUCAAAUAUACAUUUAAAUAAUGAUAUAUAUAGUAAGGAAAUUAAUUUAUAUAAAUGUUCUGUUAAUAAACAAAACAAAUAUCAUUUAAAUUUGAUAGAAAGUUGUGAAGAUUUAAAAAAUCAAAAUAUUGAUAAAUAUAAAUGCAAAAUAUUUUUUUAUAUUAAUUCAUCUUUUGGAAAGUUAGCAAUUUUAAAAUGUUUACGUAAUAUUUACAAAAAAUAUUUUAUAAAGCUAAAAAAAAAAAAAGUUAAAAAUGAAACCAUUAUUUAUUUUCGUAUUCUUACAAUUAAAAAUAAAAAUUUCAUUUUAAAGAGAACAAAAAAGAAAAUAGAAUUAAAAAAACUAAUGAAUUUUCAAAAAGAAAAAAAAGAUACCAUAUACUGCAAUAAAUUAAAAAAAGACAGGAAUUUGUUAAAUCAGAAGAAAGUAGAAAAAAGAAAAAAAAAAGGAACGAAAAAACUAAGUAGCAUCGUUAAAAAAAACGAAUAUUAUAACAAUGACAUAUAUGAAAAACUAAAUUAUAAAUUUUCCAAAAUUUUAUUACGAGAUUGUUUCACUAAACUUAAUACAUAUAAUAAAAACAAUGAAAAUAAUCCUAAUAAUAAUAUAUGUACUACAAAUAAAAUAAAAUAUAUACAUAAUAUAAAAUAUAAUAAUGUUGAUAAUAAUUUUCCAAAAAAAAAUGAUGAAAACAAUUUGGAAUGUUGUAAAACAACAGUAAGUAACUAUUGUGUAAAUAAAGAUGAUAAUAUAAAUAUUGAGUAUAAUAAUAGUAACAGUUACGAAAAAGGUAAUGAUAAUAAAAAUGAUAAAAAUAACAUUCUUAAUAAUGAAAAUAAUAGUAACAAAAACUACAGUAAAAUUUUUAACGUUGUAUCAAAAUUUCCUAAUAAAAAUGAGAAUAUAAAAAAAGAAAGUUUUCAACAAAAAAAGAACAAAAAUGAAAAAAGUUAUAAUUCUGAAUAUAUUAGAAUGGAAAAUCUAAUAAAUAAUAUUGUAAACUUAAAUAAAGAAAAUAAAAAAUCCAAUAAAUUUAUGCUUGUAAGUAACAAGGAUAAAUAUAAAGUAUCCCAGAAUACACACAAUUUCAAAAAAGUAAAUAAUAUUAGUAAAAAUGAAAAUAUAAAAACAUCAUAUAGUAAUGAUGAUAAUAAAAUUGUAUGCCUAAAGAAUAACAUUCAUAAAAAUAAAAAUGAUAAAAUAAAUGUUGAAGGAAUAAAGAAAUUAGUAGAAAAAGUAAAGCUAAAAAAAAACAAAGAAAAUGCUUAUAUUUAUCUAUAUGGUUAUAAAAAUUUAAAAUUUGGUGAAUUUGUCAUAGAACUUCAAGCAUUAGAGGAAAAUUGUAAAUUUUUUAGAAAACUAAAUUUAAGUGAAAAAAAAAAAUUAACAAUAAAAAAAGAAGAUAUAAUAAAAAAUUAUUACAACAGUUUAUGCAUAAAUGAAAAAAAUGAAAAAAUUUAUAAAAUUAUUAAUGACUCUUUUAACAUAGAGAAUUUUUUAACCUUUUUUACUCUUAUUAAAAUUAAAAAUAAAGUUAAUACAUUUUUGAAUGAAAUUAAUUGCUUAAUACUAGGAAUAAAUAAUUUAAUUAUCUAUAUUGAUAAAAAGUUAUUAGAAAUACUAAAUAUUAUGUCUAAUUUUGAAUCUAUUAAAAAUAGGAAAAAUUCUUCAAAAUUUAUAAUAAUAAAAAAAUUUAUGAAUUUCUUUUUAAAUAUAACAAACAUAUAUAAAGAUAUAUGUACUAAGGUAAAAUCACAGGGUUCUAUUUUUUCAUUUAUUAAGUUCAAUUAUGAAAUAAUUAACAAUUAUCUGCUUUUUCUCAAUAAAUUUUCAAACUAUAUAUCAUAUAAUACCAAAGAAAUACAAGAUUAUUAUAAUCAAAUAAAAGAUAUAAACAGAAAUAUAAAGGGAGUAUACUUAAGCAACGAACAAAAAAAUUUUUUUCAAAAUAUUUAUAACAAGCUGGCAGAUCACUUAAAAAAUAGUUAUGAAAAAAUGUUAAUUUUUAAAAAAAUUUUAGAUAUAUAUUUAAUAGAGUUGAAAAAUAUUAAAAAGUAUCAAAAAGAAUAUACUUUUAAUAAAGUAAAUAUUUUAAUUAGCUCAAAAUGUCCAUAUGAUCUUUUAAUUUUCUCCAUAAUAAUUCAAUGUAAAAAUUUAUGUGAAAUAAGCAUAAGAAAUAUAUGUAACACUUUUGAUUUUAGUAAUUUCCGAAAAGAAAAAAAUUUUUACUUUCUUUUUUUAAAUAAAAAAAUAAAAACUAACUUUUUAAAGAAAAUUAAAAAAAUAGUUAGAAAUGACGUAUAUAUUGAGUUGAAAAAAAUUCUUUUUUAUAAAGAGCUUAAUAGACUUAUGAAUAAUUCUUUAAAUAUAAAAACUGAAGAAAAAAGUAAAUUAAACAAAAAUUAUGAGAAUAAUUCUGAUAACAAAUUUUUUAACAAUUGUUUAAUUGGUAGUUUUAAAGAUAAUCAAACAAAUUUAGAAAACAAAAAUGAAUUAAUCAAAGUUCAAAUGGAAAAUAAAAUGAAAAAAUUUAAAUGUAAAAUAAAAGAGAAAAUUGAAAAAAAUACUAGUUUUUUAUCUAAUGUUACAACUAAUAAUUUAUAUAUGUGUUCAUCAUUGAGUAAUUAUGAAAAUAUAAAAUAUUUUGAAGGUGUUGAUCAAAUUUUAAAAACUAACAAUACAUUAUCAUUAGUGAAAAAUAUUAGAAAAUCUUUGAAUAUAAAUAGUUAUUCUAGGUUUAAUUAUUCUUCAGAUGAGAAAGAAAAACUUACAGAAGAAAAAAAAGAUGUGAAUUCAUCAUCCUUUAUGAAAAAUAAAAAUAUAAACUUUAAAUGUGAUGCAUCAAAAAAUUUCAUUAUGUUAACUUCACCAAAAAGAAAGGAAUUUUUUAAAAAUAAAAUAAAUAGUCUGAAAAACGUUUUUAAAAAUUAUGAAUUAGAAGCUCAUUCAGAAAUGAAAAAUAAAAACAAAAAAAAAAAUAAUAUAAAAAAAAUAGUUUUUAGGAAAGACGUAAAUGAAAAUAAUGAAAAAUUAUGUAACUCAUCUGUUUAUAACUUAAAAGAAAAUGUUUUAAAAAAAAAUGAAUACAUAAAUCAAAUAAAUCUAAAAAAAAAAAAUUCUAGUGAAUUAUUACAGGAUUCUAAAAUCAAUAAAAAUAAUUUUGUAUUUUUUGGAGAACAUAAAAGUGACAACUGUUUAAAUAAUGAUAAUGUAAAACUAAAAUUAGAAAAAAAUAAUUGUGAAGGAAAAAAACAGAAAAUUAUCGAAAACAUUGAAAAUAUAAAAGAAAUUGAAAAAAAAUACAAAAGAUUAAAAGAAAUAGAAAAAAAAGAAAAACUUAAAAAGAAAUUACAUGAACUAAAAUUAAAAAAAAUAACAAAAAACAAUAAUAUAAAGAUAUUAAAAAAUAAAGCCUUAAAAACAAAAAAGGAACUAUAUACUUCUUUAGUUAAAAAAGAUAUCAACGGAUUUAACACUGUAAUAAAAUUUAAAAUAAAUAAUGAUGGACAUUAUGAAUCAAAAAAUAAGAAAAACCAAAGAACUUUUCUUAAAAAUCAAACGAAAAAUGAUUUCAAAAGCGAGUCUUAUUUAGUGAAUAAAACAAAACUGGAAAACAUUUUUGAUAAAGAUAGUAGUAAUAAUUCAUAUAAAAAUCUUGAUAACAUAGAUUUAAAUUUUAAGAACAUAAACGAAUUAAAUACACUUAAUAACAAUUAUUAUGACAGACCUACAUAUGUAAAUAUGUUUAAAUCUGAUGUUUUCUGUAAAAGAGUAUUAAAUGAUUCAAAUCAAAAUGACAUCCAUAAUAACUAUUUUAAUAAUGUAAAAGAAAAAUCAUUUAAGAAUGAAUAUGAAGAAAUAGACAAGCUAAAUAUUUUUGACAAAAUCAUUAUAAAAAAAAAAAAUAAAAAUUUAGAAAAAGAUGAUAUUAAUAUUUUAGAUAAUAAUACCAUUCAGGAUGUAAAAAAAAAUGAAGAAAAUGUAAAGAAUAUAUAUAAUAUGAAUUUCUAUAAAAAAAUAUUUCAGUCGAAAGAUUUUGAUAAAUCUAUUAAUUCAAGAAUAAAUCUUUUUAAUGAAAACAACAAUACAUCAAUAUUUGGAGAAUCAAAAAAUGUUUUAUCAUCACGGAAAAUUAUUAAAUAUAAGUUGUCUGAUUAUUCUGAGCAUCUUAAAAAUAUUCAAAAUAAUAAAUUUUUAAGUAACAAAGAAUAUACUGAUUAUGCACAUAACCUGAAAAGUGAUAAAGAUAUUAAAAAUAUGACAAAACUAGAAUUAGAAAAUUACAAAAAAUUAAAUGAUUUUAAUUACCUAAAUAAUAAAACACCUCAAGAUAUGAAAAUAUCAAAAAAAAAUUGCGAAUUAAAAAAUAUUAAUGAACAUCAAGAAAAAAAAACAAUUCAGAAUUACUUUAAAAUAGAAAAUAAAAUUAUACCAAAUACGGAGGAUAUAACAAAAGAAAAUAAGAAAAUUAAAAAUUGUGAUAAUUUCUCUAAAGAAAAACCAAAUUGCAAAUUAGAUAAAAAAUUCAUAAUAAAUAUAAAUUUAUCGAAAAAUGAAAAUAGAAUAAGUAAAGAAAAUACAAGAUUAAUAAAUUUUCAAAAAGAUAGAAACUCAAGUAUUAGAAAAAACUUUUUAGCAAAGAAUGUUUUUACUUUCAGUAAAUACAAAACAAAUGAAUCUAUAGAAAGAAGACAAAAAAUUGAUAAAUAUACUAAAGAACUUAGAAAUUUAGCUUCAGAAAAAAAAGUUGAUAGGCCAAUUAAAAAUAUUAAAAAUAUAAGAAGUAAAAUUAAAAAAAAAUAUAUUAUAGAAGAAUUAGAAAAGAAAAAAAAUAAUAACAUUAAAAAUAAGGAAAUAUACAUAGAUGGAUAUGUUUUUUUAAGCAAAAAAAAAUCUUAA